UCCACCUGCUAUGCAGAAAGUGAUGUACAAAGGACUGCUACCAGAGGACAAGACGCUUCGAGAAAUCAAAGUUACAAAUGGUGCAAAGAUUAUGGUGGUUGGAUCUACAAUAGUGAGGUAGUAGGAAUGGAGGCUGAGGUCACGCAGAAGGUACCAGAAGUGGUGUGCGAAGCUGCUGGACAAGAAGAUGCAGCAGGGACUGAACAAGCAUCUCUUACCGAUGGCGAAAGCACGUCAGCUCAGCCCGCUGCUGUCAGCAACGGAGAGGAAAGUGACGAGGGGAAAGAGAUGGUGGAAGUGAAAAUCAUUUGGAACAAAAACAAAUAUGACCUUAAAAUUCCUUUAGAUGGCACCGGUGCUAAACUGAAAGAGAAGAUUCACACUCUCACUGGUCUUCCACCUGCUAUGCAGAAAGUGAUGUACAAAGGACUGCUACCAGAGGACAAGACGCUUCGAGAAAUCAAAGUUACAAAUGGUGCAAAGAUUAUGGUGGUUGGAUCUACAAUAAAUGAUGUACUAGCUGUAAAUACACCAAAAGAAGUUAUUCAGCAAGAGGUUAAAGCUGAGGAGAACAAAAAGGAGCCAUUGUGCAGGCAAAAGCAACAUAGAAAAGUUUUGGACAAAGGAAAACCAGAUGAUGUCAUGCCAUCUAUAAAAGCUAAGGAGCGUCUGCCAACAGUGCCUUUAUCAGGAAUGUACAACAAAUCUGGUGGAAAAGUACGACUCACUUUUAAACUGGAACAGGAUCAGUUGUGGAUCGGAACAAAAGAAAGAACAGAAAAAAUCCCGAUGGGUUCCAUCAAAAAUGUUGUGACUGAGCCAAUAGAGGGUCAUGAGGACUAUCAUAUGAUGGCAUUUCAGCUGGGUCCGACAGAAGCCUCACAAUAUUGGGUCUACUGGGUGCCUGCACAGUUUGUUGAUGCAAUCAAAGACACAGUUCUCGGAAAAUGGCAGUAUUUUUAACGUGCCUCUAUAGACACUGAAGAAUUGGGAUUCAGAGCAAAAGAUUGAUAACAUUAACUGGAGCCAACACAAUAAUCUGAAGAACUGAUUUUUCUGAAGUAUUUCCAGAGCAAACCGAAGGAUUGCUGUUGGACAAAAUAUUUUGGGGGUUUUAAGUGCACUAAGUGUCAGCAUCCCGUUUUUCAAACUGUUUCACCACUCGUUUUUUUUUUUUUAAAGCAAUCCCAGGCAUAAACAGAAAAUUGUACAGAACUUGCAUAUACAUUUCUCGUAGUUAUUCUGAAAGAAAUAAAAAUUAUUUAAGGAAAAU